GGGCGGGGUGGCGGGGCGGGCUCCGCCCUCGCGUGGCGGCGGCGACCCCGUGGCGACAGGCCGCGGGAGGUGGCGCUUCCGCGGGCGGAGUGCUGAGCCCAGUUUGGGCGCGAGCUGGAGCGAACCCAGCAGCGGGCCGCCGCGAUGUCCGAGGUGCUGCCGCCGGCGGGGGGCGAGGCAGUGGGGCUUGGUCGGCCUGGGGAGCACCGGGGGCGUCCCAGGACGGCCUGCCGCCCUCGCCCGGCCGCUCUUAGAGACGAGCACCGGUAGGGCGAGGGGCAGCAGUCGCAGGUUGUACCGGAGGAAGUUAAAACUGGGUGGGGGAGAAGCACCGAGAGGAUGAUGCGGCACCAGAGCAGGUCCCUGGAGGAGGUGGGAGGGCUUCCACGUUGGCGGGACUCGGAGCUUGACAAGGGUGUGUCAGAGAUUCAGGGUUGGAUCAGAUGGCCCCCAGAGAUCGCUUGCAAACUGAAUGUUUCAGUGAUUCUGGGCUGCAGCUGGUCAGUGCUUCUGUCACUGUUAGACAUGCUAGGUACCCUUGGCAUGGAUAACAUAUAGCUAGUAGGGAGGUUAACUGGUGCCAAAGAGAGACGCUCUGCUGUCGUGGUGGUGGGGAUGUAGAGGUGCAGGGAAAUGCUUUGCUGGGGCACAGUGGAUCACAAACAGGGUAGAGCCAAGUUUCAGUGUUUCUUGAUGAUUAUGAUGGAUGGAUGUGCACCGGGAAUCUUGCUGUCAGCCCCACAAACGGUUGUUUCUGAUGGGUCUGAUUUGUCUGUAAUUAGGAAGAGGUUAGCUUAACCAGAUAUAUGUAAACAGUCCCUUAUUCUCAGCAGUCAAAUUUUAUUACAGCCCUAUCCUGCUGUCCUGAAAAGUGUCAUGGCCAGCAAUGCAGUGGAUGAUAAGACAAAUUUUCCCAUAAGAAGUUGCGUUAUGUGAGAUAUCAUGUUCAGGGAGUUAUGAAAUGCACACAAUUUAAAUACACAGAGGCAUGCUGCAGAAGAUGGGAUAGUAGGAAUAGGCUCGUCAGCUGGUGUGGUUGGUGAUUUUUGUCAGUCAUCUUUAAAGAAAAAAAUCACCAUUCUGAAAGACCUUUACCCCUUCAUCAGUGAGAUUGAACAUCCAGUGUAAAUGUAUUGUAAGGACUCUUGCAGCCUCUUUCUGGAUAUUUACAUUUUCCUCAUUACCAUCAUCUUCCUCAGCUGAAUGAGCUAGUGGUGGGAGACACCAACGGGAAACUCUAUGUUUACAAGAAUGAUGACAGCAAACCCUGGGCUGUGCGGUCUUGUCAAGGAAUGCUGACGUGCGUUGGUGUGGGAGAUGUAUGCAAUAAAGGAAAGAAUCUCGUGGUGGCAGUGAGUGCAGAAGGCUGGUUUCAUCUUUUUGACCUGACUUCUCCAACUUCAAAACACCCAGAUGCUUCAGGCCACCAUGAGCUGGCUGCAGCAGAAGAGCAGAAGCCAGCGUUCAAGCAGCACAUUCCUGCCAACACCAAGGUCAUGCUGAUCAGUGACAUUGAUGGAGAUGGGAAGUGUGAGUUGGUUGUGGGUUACACUGACAGGGUGGUACGUGCCUUCCGCUGGGAGGACUCGUCGGAGAAUUCAGACCAUGUCUCUGGGCAGCUGCUCCUGUUGAAGAAAUGGCUGCUAGAAGGUCAGGUGGACAGCCUCUCUGUGAACCCAGGCCGUGAUGGCUCACCAGAGAUGAUGGUGUCUCAGCCAGGCUGCGGUUAUGCCAUUCUGCUGUGCACCUGGGUCUCUGAGCAGCAGGCCACGACAGAGGGAAGAGACACUUCUGCCCCAAGCAGUGAGGCCCCUAUUCGAGAUGUUAUUCUACACCAAACAUCUGGACGGAUUCACAACAAGAACGUUUCCACUCACCUAAUUGGUAGCAUUGGCCGAGGCUGCUCCAGUGAGAAUAGUGGCUCAGGUCUGUUUGCCCUCUGUACUCUGGAUGGGACAUUGAAACUCAUGGAGGGAGCAGACAAGCUGCUCUGGUCUGUGCAGGUUGAUCACCAGCUAUUUGCUCUGGAAAAGCUGGAUGUUACUGGCAAUGGGCAUGAGGAGGUGAUCGCCUGUGCAUGGGAUGGUCAGACGUACAUCAUUGACCACAAUCGGACUGUUGCCAGAUUUCAAGCAGAUGAGAAUGUCAGUGCCUUCUGUGCAGGCCUCUAUGCAUGCAAAGGAGGAAGCAACAGCCCCUGCUUGGUUUAUGUCAGCUUCAAUCAGAAAAUCUACAUCUACUGGGAUGUGCAGCUGGAGAGAAUGGAAUCCACCAACCUGUUGAAAAUCCUGGAUUGUGACCCAGAGUUUGGAAGUCUUCUGCAGCAGCUGGGUGUGGAAAGAGGCGAUGUUUCUGCUGUCAAAGAUCUGAUUCACAAAACACUGUAUUUUCCGGAGAAACAUCAGCAGAGCAGCCCCUCGCAGUGUCAGGACCCUGCUGGAGCAGACUCUUCUGCCCACUACGCUGUCAUCCAGGAUCCCUUAUAACAAAUCACGUGGAGGUUGAUGCCUUUAAUACCAGCACAAACUCUUCUCUGACUGGAAUCAAGCAUCCAAUGAAGAUGAGACUGUUCUUUUCCCAUCUCUGUCAAAGCUUCCAGACAGCAAAGGGUGUGCAGGACAGGUUCUGUGGGGGGAUGUGCUCAGCUGUAGGCUUGAGUGAAGGUGGUGGGUUGAUUUGUUUUUAGCUGAGGAAGCUACCAGCACAGCAAGAGUCCAGGGUCCUGCUCAUUGGUUUCCAUGUUCUCUGCUAGCUAAAGCACUUUAUGGGUGACUGUGAAGGAGCACUGAGGACAUAGAUGGAGAGAAUAGCUGAGCUCAGUCUUUGGUCUAUUCUUACAAUUGGUCUUCUGAGUUCUUAGCAGGAUCACAGUGCAGGAACUGCAGUUGGAGGAAUUGAGUUAGGGAGCAGGCAAGGGCCUUCUCCAUUUGGGUUUUUUAAAGUAGACUCAGGCAUUGUUUGCCUUUGUUCUGCUGCUGGUCUUCUCCCAAGCUGUUUCUCACAAACCACCUCUUGUUCUGAGGAGCUAGAGAUGUGUGAGAAGAACCACAACUUGCACUAAUAAGUUGAGGAGAGGUAACAGCUCCAGUGAACCCCAGCUGUGCUCAACAAGCAUUGCUUGUCUCUAUCUUCUUGGGCAGCGUGAUCCCAGAGAUGGCUGUGACUUAGCAAAGCAGCUGUGACCUAGGCAAUAAGAGAAACCUCUCUUAACCAUGGAUCUGUGGUGCUGUGAGAGCUUGGCUGUUCCAUAAUAAGCACUAGAAAUGCCACACUUCCCUCUUGUUGCAGAGAGUGCCACCCUAUUUUGAGUCCUGCACUACUGAAAGAGAUGGACUGGAGGUGAUGAUCCACUUGCUGGUAUGCAGAGUCUGGAAAAGGCCAUUGCUCACCCAGGCUGCUCAUACACAGAGGCUCAAGCAGGAACCUGUCCACAUGCUGCUGGUCUGCUUUUCCCCAUCUCAGCUUGCCCCUUGCCUAACUCACCUUAUUAGGGUAGGAGCAGCAUGCUCACCUGCUGUUUUGUAUCUUACUAUCUUCUCUCACUUGUGUGAUGUUUUACUGGACAUACAUAAUGGAUGGAGCUGUCCCUUCACCCUUAUGGCAGCCUGAGACAGUUGCAUCCAAGUCAGCACAAAUAUAAUUGUGAUCUCUCUUUAGCAACUGGUAACAUUUAAAGGUACUGCAGGCUGUUGAAAACCUGCUGUGCUAUACUCUGCAAAACAGGGCAGCCCUAAUUGGGAGAAAGUACUUUGUAUGGAGAAAAGGGGUGUCUUGCCCUUGGGUCAAAAGAACUGUUGUUGAAGUAGCCCUGUGUGGUAGAAGGGCAGGAUCUUUACAUAAUAAACCCUAGCUUUUCUUUGCAAUUUCCAUCUGUAGAUUUAUAUAAGCUUUAUAGAGGACAGCUUAUGUCCUCUACAUUUGAUAGCUGUGAAAGUUGAAGCAUGGAGCAGUGAAAUGGUAUGACCUGCUCUGCACCAGCUAGCACUCUUGUUGCUUCACAGACUGCUCUAUCUUCUGACUCUUAACUACAGUGGAAGUUUCACUCCAUUUUAAUGACUUCACUGAGAAGCAUUUUUUAAAUGUUCCCUUGUCAUACUAGGUGUUUGUGUACAACUGGACCCUUCAGGCAGGAGCUCUCAAGUCAUAAUAGUGCUUUAGUAACAGCGGUGUUCAAAGCAGCGGGGCUUGAGUUUGUUAGCUAUGGAGAGCUGGUAAUGUAGGGACCGUCUACUGAUGGGCUAAAGCAAGGAGUUGUCUUGAAGCUUGUCAGCUCUAGAUUGUAACCUCAAGAAAUUGUCAUCUCUAAUGAUGCUGACAUGUACAGCCACUCAUCCCAGUGGGCAAUCACCACUGUUUCUGACAAAUUAAUCAGUCUGACCUCUUGGGCUGUCAUCAGUCUCAUAGUCCUUUCCUAAUGAGGAUGAGUCCUGUUGGGGCUGUUAACUAGAUCAGUGUAUUGGUUCUUGCUACUUCCAGGUUUCUGUUUCCCAAAACCCAAAGCUGCUCUUUCCGAUUUGCCAGAACAAGUAAGGAUUCUCCCUUCCCUCCUUUCAGGCACAGUAGUAGCAACUGAUAGUCUUAUCUCUGCCCCUUGGAGCCCAGCUGAGUUGGGGAGAAGCAGAUGUCCCUACAGGUGAGAUGUGCUGGUGUUGGUUGUGAGAGAGUUAAUUUUUUUCAUGGUAGCUAGUAUGGGCUGCAUUUUGGAUUUGUUCUGAAAACAGUGUUGAUAACACAGGGAUGUUUUCGUUACUGCUGAGCAGUGCUUACACAGAGCGAAGGCCUUUUCUGCUUCUCGCACCACCCCACCAGUGAGUAGGCUGGGGGUGCACAAGGAGUUGGGAGAGGACACAGCCAGGACAGCUGACCCAAACUGAUCAAAGGUAUAUUCCAUACCAUACGAUAUCAUGCUCAGCAUAUAAAGCUGAAGGAAGAAGAAGGGGGGGAUGCUCAGAGUGAUGGCAUUUGUCUUCCCAAGUCACUGUUACGUGUGAUGGAGCCCUGCUUUCCUGGAGAUGGCUGAACACCUGCCUGCUGAUGGGAAGUGGGGAAUGAAUUCCUUCUUUUGCUUUGCUUGUGUGCAUGGCUUUUGCUUUACCUAUUAAACUGUCUUUGUCUCAACCCAGGAGUUUCUCCUUGCUUUCGCUCUUCCAAUUCUCUCCCCCAUUCCACUGAAGGUGUGUGGGGCUUAGCCUUUAGCUGGGGUUAAACCAUGACAUGAACGGUUUGGUUUCCCUGUAUUCUGAGUACUUUCCACUUAGCCCUGUUGCUACCUCAUUUUAAUCUUGCACUUCAAAAUUAGUGGAACUGACAUAAAGAGGGACCACAGCAGAGCAGGACUCUGCAGAGCAGUUUCCAGAAGCAUACAAUGGAAAUGACAUUUUAGCAAUGUCCCUUAACAGGCCUGUGUCUUGGCAUAUGCUGUUCUUCUGUCCUCAACACAGACUGCUGUUCUUCCUCUGCUUAAGGCUGUGUAUUUUCUUGUUCUGCUCCCCUCCUCUCCCCUCGUGUCAUCCCCCACUUAAUUCUGUGGCUUCUGUCUCCUCCAGCAGGGACAGAAACAGGAUGGUUAUAAGCAACAGAAAACAGUAAUGCCUGAGUUUUCAGGGAUGGCUCAUGCAACCUGGUUCUCCUGCUGUGCGUGCUUUGACAAAAACAGUCCUAUCACAACUUUGUCCUACCGCAAUUUGUGCCUGCACUGGCUCUGCUCAACAUCUUUUUGCUUUGGCGAGGCAGGUGUUCUCCACAUAAGUACUCUCACUCUUCAUCCCCUGCUGGAACCCUUGAGGUUCCUGCAGCAAUUGCCUGCAGCAUUUUAUUUGCCUGAGAGUUGGGCCAUUCUGAGCCAGUCAGAAUAGCCGAGCUAUUGCAGUGUUGGUAUAUUGUAAUUCUUGAGGCGUAACAGGAAAACAGGCUUGUCUACACAUAACAGAGAACAACUCAAUGCUGUCUGUCCAUGCCAAAUAUAAACCUUUAUUAGCAACACAAGCACAAGGGGGAUACAAAUGGUUGUAUGACUGAAACUGUUUUAUGCAAAACAAACUUUGCUGUACAGGUCGAAUGACUUCCAAGGAAGGAAGGUCAAACUCAUCUACUGUUGGACUGUUAAUUGCUGAGAAGAAACAGGGAAGGGUUAAUGGGGAGCUCUCCUAAGAGCCAUUUUUAAAAGAAAAUGGGGCAAAACUGAUGCAAAUGUUGGACAGGACCACCUGUGCAACCUAGCCGUCUUCUCUUGUUGCCUUGAGGAUAACAUGGCUGUGUGCUGUGCAAGUCUAGGCAUGCUGCAUUGUGGAAAGCAGAGGUGAGAAGAUACGGAUGCUACAGAUCAUCCAUUCCCCAAAACUCUUCAGCUCUUAAAAGCAUUUGAGAGAAAAAAACGCUACUGUUUGAGGGUUUCCCCCAAGAGAUAAUGUGCUGUAAGCAAUACAAAAAACUUGCAGAUGCAUUUUGCUCCUGUACUUCUUGUGCACAAAAGAAAAUGGAAGCUGUCUACAGAAAAAUUAAUUGGAACUUUUGUACUAUUACUUGGCCAAAGAUCACGUUCCUCCUUUUUUCAUGCCCUGAACUCCUAAGUGGCAAUUAAUAGAUUGUCUACAGUCAAUGCUUUCUGAAGUCAAUGCUUCAGGCUGCUUCCACUGGCAGCAGUUUUCCAUGAAGUAUGAAUCUACUCGGAGAGUGAACCAUAUAGGCUCUGCCUCUGGACUGAUGGAGUUACAUUAUACUUGCAUUGUAACUCAUUGCCCAUUUGUCCCUGCCAGCCAACACAAGCCACACAGUUCAAUUGGAAGUUGUUCCUUCCCAUGCAGCAGAAAAUGUUGUUUGCUACAUCCUACUCAGUAGCAGACUGGCAUACCCACUGAUGCCAGGAAGCUUUUCAACAGGGCAGGAUUUGCAAGACACAUUUGUAUGUCCCAGUGACAACAGACAGCAAGUGAGGAGUCCAACAGCAUUUUCAGACACUGGGGGUAUUUACAGAUAAAUGAUUCAUGGCUUUGGUUGUCACGCUCAAUUUACUAGCAAUAAAAUAAAGGGAGGGGGUUGCUUUAUUUUCCUGAGACAUAAUAAACCCACUAGCCAUCCCUGCUCUCA